UUUUUAAUUCAUUGCAUUUAAUUAUCAAUUGUAUCGACUUCAGAUUAAAGUAUUUAAUUAAUAAUUAUUUGAACAUCAAAUAUGUCCCCCGAGAGAAGAUGGGCGACUCUUCCUCAGUCAUCACCUUAUCGUCAUCAUCAUUACAACUUGCUCGUCGUCGUCAUCUAUAUUCUCCAUCUUCCACAAGAAGAACAAGACAUCAUACAUCGGCUUAUCCUCCUUUACAACAGCAACUUUUCCCCCUCCGCCAUCUUGUUUCCCACCUUCUCGUGCCCCCUCGAAAUCUCACGACACACGACUCAUCUCAUUUGCAUCCCCUCAUAUGCCUAUCGCUCGCUCGCUCAACUGUCCCCCUUCUCCUCGACCAACUCGACGUCCUAUGCACUCGAGCCCGAGCGAUAAGGAAAUGAGGAUAUGCAAAUGAGAUAAGACAAAGGAGUCGUGAGAACUCGAGGGGGCACGCGAGGGUGGAAAGCAACAUGGCGGAGGGGAAUAAGUUGCUCGGCUGUCUUCCCCUCACCUCGACCCACUCGACGUCCAUAUAGCGGUGAGGAUGAUAUACCUUAUCCACGCUGUCUGGCUUUGUAUAGCCAGGCUUAUCAUGACGCGUCCUUCUCCUUCUUCCUCUCCACCCACGCCGGAGAGACUGAAGAUCUCUCACUCUUCGUUCUCGUCUCGACAGGAUAACAGGUUGCUUAAAUUUGUGGGUAAAUAAUUAAGCGGAAAUACAUUUACAAAAGUAUUACUAACUAGCAAUUACCCAAUUACAAAACUAGUCACCAAUUGCUGGUCUUUCUUUAGUCGUUUUCUUUAAGGAGAGAAUAGUGAAUCGCCUAUCAUCAUCAUUAUGAGUGCCAUUUGCUCAACGUGUCGUAACCCCUUCAACGAUGCAGUCGUUUCAAUUAGAUGCAGCCACUCCCCAUGCGAGGCCUUGACCGCCAUCUUUGUGAAGCCCCCCGUAAAGGAAGCAUCCACCAGAAUGCAGACCAGAUCUUCGUCCCGCAAGGAGUUUGAAGAGAAUUUGUUUGAAAAUACCAUCAAGAUGUGUCCCAAUUGCGACGAAAUGCUGGCAAUACUUUACGAUAGGUAUAAAGGAUUCGUUAACCUGAUUCAUCCUGAAUCGGAUGUCGGGAAGAAGCUGGGACAUCUUGUAAGUGAGGAGAAGAAGGACGAUUCGCCACCAACACCACCAAUUUCUCCCCCUUGUUUUACGGAUGAGUCUUCAAUUUCUCCCCUUUGUUUUACCGAGGAAUCUUUAUUGCCUCCGCCGACGGCGGCACGCAAAAUUAGUGUCGCUUGCAGGAAUGGUCGCCCAAGGAAAGUGGGGAAAACGAUUAUUGUAGAUGAUAAGUCUUCCUCAUUCACCACAUUCCGUGACCCUACUUCAACUAAGAAAGAGAAAAAAGCUGCAAAACGUCAAAUAAGCCCGGAAAGGUGUGAAACUCCAACCCAUGAAAGUCCAUAUGUAUCGCUUCCCGAUUCGCCUCCUUCAUCAGGCUCACAGCAAAAACGACAACGUCCCCAACCCAUUGACCACCAUGACGAGCCAGACAUGUUACACGAUCCUUAUUUCAACAUCCCAGAUUGUAGGAUAAUUCCCAACCAGGCAAUUUUGUUGCCAAAACUCGACUGGAUUGAGGAGCAACUCAUAUACGACUGUGGGAACGUGGUUGUUACAAAACCAGAAAUUCCUAUCGAGGAAGGGCCUGACGGGCCCAAUGUCUGUAACUCCGACGAUGACGAGGAAAUGACCCCGGUUAUGAGCACGAGGGAACUCUUUGCUACGGAGUGGUAUCGUAACGACUACUUUAUUCGAAAGUGGAAAGCUGCAGAAAGACGAAAGAUGAAAGAACAAAGCAAUUCUCUUCCUACCAACAAAGACAAAUUCGUCCAACUAAUGAACGUCGUCGUCGAGGAAGUCGAUGAAGGUCCGCUCAAGGAGGGUCGACAUGACAAUUCACCCGUCCCUUCCCUCUGCAGCGACACGUUAAGUGAAGGAGUAUGCGAUGGGGAUGACGAAGACUCGGACUGUGAGUGAAUCACAAUGAUUCUGAUAAGGCGUUAUUAUCCACUCAAAAGAAUAAAGGCGAAGGAUUAAUUUAUUAUUAUGCUUAAACAGUUUUUAACGAUAACAAGUAACAGACUUUUUAUACCGUUGUAAAUUAGUGUAUAAUUUUACAUACAUUUUUAUAUAUCGAAUAUUUUGUUUUAACACUUUAAUGUGUACUUAUGUAGUUUUUAACAGUAACAAAUAUGUAGCAGACAUUUUUAUUCCGUUAUAAUUUACUUAUAAUUCUACAUACAUUUGUAUAUAUUUAAUAUGUUGUUUUAACACUUUAAAAAGUACAUAAUUUUAAGACUGAUUU